AUGCCUCAGCCAUUGAGCUCGAAAGACAGCUCAUUGUUCCGUCAAGUAGUCCGGAAUUGCGAGAAUAAACAAUAUAAAAAAGGACUCAAGGCUGCGGAGCAGAUCCUUAAAAAGAACCCCAACCAUGGCGAUACACAGGCAAUGAAGGGCCUCAUGCUGAGCUACCAAGGUCAAGCGGAGGAAGCAUUUGCACUGGCUAAGAUGGCUCUCAAGAACGAUAUGAAGUCGCAUAUCUGCUGGCACGUCUACGGUCUGCUCUACCGUGCUGAGAAGAACUACGACGAAGCUAUCAAGGCUUACAGAUUUGCCUUGAAGCUCGAGCCAGAGUCCCAGCCCAUACAACGAGACCUCGCCUACCUACAAGCUCAGAUCCGCGAUUUCCAAGGAUAUAUCCAGAGCAGGGCCACGAUGCUUCAGCAGCGACCAGGAGUCCGCCAGAACUGGACUGCGCUUGCGAUUGCCUACCAUCUUGCUGGCAACCUCUCGGAGGCACAGAAUGUUCUCACAACUUUUGAGGAGACGCUAAAGACGCCCCCUCCACGAACUGAUAUGGAGCACUCCGAAGCGAUUUUAUAUAAGAAUAUGAUUAUUGCAGAAUCAGGAGACUUAGAAAAGGCUCUUGAGCAUCUUGAGGCCGUGGGCAAGCAAUGUUUCGAUAUCCUUGCCGUCAUGGAAAUGCGCGCAGACUACCUCCAACGGCUCGGCCGAACCGAGGAAGCUGCCACUGCCUAUGAAACUUUGCUGGAGAGAAACCCGGAAAAUUCGCAGUACUAUGACCGGCUGAUUGAGGCCAAGGGCAUACCCAAGGAUGAUCACAAAGCAUUGAAAGCUGUUUAUGAUUAUUGGGUUGAGAAAAACCCCCGGGGAGAUGCCCCUAGGCGCAUUCCUCUAGAGUUCCUUGAAGGAGAUGAUUUUAAAGAAGCUGUCGAUUCAUAUCUUCAGCGAAUGCUUCGCAAGGGUAUACCAUCUACGUUUGCCAACAUCAAGACACUUUACACCAAUCCUGCCAAACUAGCCAUUGUGCAGGAACUCGUGGAAGGCUACGCAGCCGGCAAUGUCAAUGGCCAAUCUAACGGAUCUGAAGCCAAUGGUGAUGACUCUCGUUUCAAGGAAUCAGUCCUCUACUUCCUUGCUCAGCAUUACAAUUACCAUCUUAGCCGUGAUCUUGAAAAGGCGAUGUCCUACGUAGAAAAAGCGAUUGAACUCUCACCCAAAUCUGUGGAAUGCUGGAUGACCAAGGCUAGAAUAUGGAAACACUACGGAAACCUCACCAAAGCCGCAGAAACCAUGGAAGCUGCGCGAUUACUGGAUGACAAGGAUCGGUAUAUCAAUUCAAAGGCGGUCAAGUACCAGCUUCGUCAUGAUGAAAACGACAAGGGUCUUGACAACAUGAGUAAAUUUACCAGAAACGAGACUGUUGGAGGCGCACUUGGAGAUUUACACGAGAUGCAAUGCGUCUGGUUCUUGACUGAGGAUGGCGAAUCCUACCUGCGACAGCGAAAGCUUGGUCUUGCUCUUAAACGCUUCCACGCCAUCAGCAACAUCUUUGAUCUCUGGCAAGAAGAUCAGUUUGACUUCCACAACUUCUCAUUACGCAAGGGUAUGAUUCGGGCAUAUAUCGAUAUGAUUCGGUGGGAGAACCACCUGCGAGACCAUCCAUACUAUAGCAGGGCUGCCAUUGGGGGAAUAAAGUCAUACCUACUACUACACGAUGAGCCUGAUCUCGCCCAUGGACCGAUCCCAGUUAACGGGACUGACGGUGGCCCGGACAGCGCGGAGCGCAAGAAGGCUCUCAAGAAAGCUAAGAAGGAGCAGCAACGGCUAAAGGAGGCAGAAGCUGAAAAGCAGAGACUCAAGAAGGCUUCCGGAACAGGCGCUGCCGGCGACUCGAAAAAGGAAGACACUGAUCCCCUGGGCCUGAACCUGGUUCAUACCUCUGAUCCGCUCAAGGAAGCCAUGAAGUUCUUGGGCCCCUUGCUUGAGGCUUGCCCGGAUAACAUUGAUGCCCAGACCAUUGGAUUUGAAGUGUAUAUUCGGAGAAAGAAAUACCUCCUGGCAAUCAAAUGUCUUAUGGCAGCUCAUGCCAUCGAUCCAAGCAACCCAACCCUGCACGUACAACUUGUCAAAUUCCGCCAACAGUUUGACGCUGGUGCUGCCGGAGAGCUCACUCCUCCAGAUAUCGUCGAGCUUAUCAACGCAGAAUUCGACCUCCUACUGCCCAAAUCUACCGAUCUAACCCAGUGGAACGAAGAGUUCCUGUCUACCCAUGCAAAGAGUGCCCCUCAUGUUCAGGCAGCACUCACAGUCCGCCAAAUGCUCAAGCCGGAAUCAAAAGAGCAAGCGGAAAAGGACCUCAUUUCCUCCAUUGAUCUCGACAAUACCUCGUUGGAGCAGGCACUGGCUGGUCUCAGUUUACUUGAUGAAUGGGGCAGCACAGUGGAGACAAAGGCUUCGUACUCUACCAGCGCACGUCGCAGAUGGGCCGAGGCAUCCGUGUUCCCCCAGUAA